AUGGCAAGUAGAAUGUCGUCAGAGCCGCUUGUAGUGGGAAGAGUGAUAGGGGAUGUAUUGGAGUGUUUCAGCCCAACAACAAAAAUGCAUGUAACAUAUCCAAAUCAUAAACAAGUUUUUAAUGGUCAUGAGUUUUAUCCUUCCGCUGUUACUAUCAAACCAAGGGUUGAGAUUCUAGGCCCUGCUGAUAUGAGAACUUUUUUCACUUUGGUUAUGACUGACCCUGAUGUCCCUGGCCCUAGUGAUCCAUAUCUCAAGGAACACCUUCACUGGUUAGUGACAGACAUUCCAGGCACAACGGACGCCACAUUUGGAAAAGAGAUGGUUAGCUAUGAAAUGCCUCGGCCCAACAUAGGAAUACAUAGGUUUGUGUUCGUUCUGUUCCAGCAGAAAGGCAGACAAACUGUUAAGACCAACCUCCCUACCUCCUCCGCCAGAGACAACUUCAACACCCGCCGCUUCGCCGCCGAUAACGACCUCGGCCUCCCCGUCGCCGCCGUCUUCUUCAACGCCCAGCGUGAAACCGCCGCCAGGAGGCGUUAAUAUAUAUA